AGUUGACUUUUUAGUUUGCUUAGUUUUAGUCUAGCAGCUGAUCAAUAAUAUUUAAUAGCAAUACAAUUCAAGUCAAUUUUAAAACCUGAAACAUGAUUUUAUUAUUUAUAAAAAUUAUUUUAUAAUUCAAACAAAAAGUAAUUAAAUUUAAUUAAAACUUUUAAAAAUAUCAGGAUAGAAGAGAGUGCAAUAAAUCAAAGAUGUUUGACAAAAUAAAUAAAGAACUAGUGCCUAUAAAGGCGCAUUAUUUUUUAUAUAACGCUGCAACAGGACCAGUAAUACCAUUUUUACCAGUAAUAGCAAAGCAAUUAGGAUUCUCAGGAUUUUUAGUCGGUAUAAUAUACACAAUACUCCCAAUAUCAGGACUGUUAGCAAAGCCUAUAUUUAUUGGCAUAGCUGAUAAAUUUCGACUGCAUAAAAUAUUUUUUCUCACAUUUCAAGCGAUACUCGCUAUUUCAUUUUUUUCAAUAUAUUUUAUUCCCAAAAUAAGUCAUCAGUCGAUAGGUAAUGUCACAUUAGCGUGCCAUGUAGAAACAUAUAUUCAUAUAUGUCCGUAUAAUACCACUAAAGACUUUUCUACUGAAGCUAUGAGACAAGUUUUCGUAUCCAACCGCACACAUGCUUCUUGCAAAUUAUCUUGCCAAGCAUCCUCGAUGGUUUACGAUGAACUCUGUCAUGGCUGGAAACUAAAUCAAUUUUGUGGCCUAGUAAAUACAAAUAUUGAACCAGAUACUAAAUUUGAAUUCACUGCCGCAUUUAAUAUGCUCGAUAAUCAAAACAUAACGUCUUGUGUGCAUGUUAAAGUAAAAAAUGCAACUUUUGAUGACAACGUCGUUCAUUAUCCAUACUGUGACUUAAAAGACAAGCCGAUGUACACUCAGUGUGUAGCCAAUUGUACAGAUGUACCAGAAAUGAAUAAACUAUUUAGUGAACUAGAUGGUAAAGAUAUCAGUCAGACGACAAAUUAUCAGUUUCAUUUAUUUCUGUGGUCUGCGGUUGUUAGUUGGAUCGGCAUGGCCGUUGUUGUCAGUAUCGCUGAUUCUAUCUGCGGUGAUCUUCUAGGUAACGAACGCAUUAGCGAGUACGGAAAACAAAAAAUGUGGGGGUAUGUUGGGUUUGGAAUUUUUUGUAUCAGCACUGGAUAUCUGGUUGAUGUUUUCAGCAGAGGAAAUGAUGACAAAGACUACUCUUGUAUAUUUUAUAUCAUGUUAAUAGGAAUGGUGAUGGAUAUAAUUGUGUCAGCAACUUUGAACAAAAAAUCAGUGGAUCGUAUCGAAGAUGAUCCAUCUGUUCUAUGGGAGUUGGGAGCAGUAGCAAGAGAAGGUCGAGUUCUUGUAUUUAUUUUCUGGUGUGUCGGUGCUGGAAUUUGCACAGGAGUAGUCUGGAAUUUUUUGUUUUGGUACACAGAAGAUUUAGCUGAUAACAAAGACUGGCUCAAAACACUCCAAGGCCUAAUUAUUGGUGUCCAAUGUUUCUUAGGCGAGUUACCAUUUAAUUUUAUAUCUGCGCGGAUACUUAAAAAAUUCGGUCACAUUAAUGUGAUGAGUUUAGUUCUGAUAAUUUAUGCAGUCAGAUUUAUGGCAUACAGUUUAAUUACAAAUCCGUGGAUGUAUUUGGUCGUGGAAAUACUUCAUGGGCCAACUCUGGGUCUUUGUCGGCCUACAAUGAUAGCAUAUGGAGAUAAAAUUGCGCCUUCUGGUACCAGAGCGACGAUGCAGGGUCUCGUCGGUGCUAUUUUUGAAGGCAUUGGUGUAUCAAUGGGUAGUCUUAUUUGCGGCGGUCUGAUGGAUGACUACGGCGGAAUGAUGACAUUCCGUAUAUUUUCCGUUGGUGCGCUUUCUUGGCUAAGUAUUUACUGGAUGCUACAGUUGUUAUUACGGAAAGCCAAAGCUUACCCACUUCACCAAGGCCACAGUCAUCUAGCGAGUUACGCAACACCAAGCGAUGCAAUUCUUAUGACCACGAGCCAAGAACUCCAAACUUAUUAAAAAUAAAAAAGUAUAAUUAAUAAUCACGUGAUUGGUGCUUUCACUAAAAAUAUUUUUAAAUAUUUUAUACUUAAACUUUAGUUAUAUAAAAAUUUAUUACAAUUUAUCAUUUUAUCCGCACGUAAAAUCCGGUGAUCAUUAACCUUUCGAUAAAAAAAUAUUUAAAAAUUAAUUUCACCGCAAUAUAACUAUCAAUUAAUUACCAUAUUUUGAUAUCAUAAAUAUUGAUAUAUUUGUCUUUUACCGGAAGGUUAAUAAUAGUGUAAUUAUGUGAUAUUUCAUGAUUUAUUCAGUACCUCAGUAUUAUUUAUGAAAGAACAAAUCACUAAAUAAUUUAAGUACUUUCAAUAGUUAUUAAUUAAACUUAAAAAUUUGUACAAUUAUAUAAAACUAUUAUUAUAAACGAUAAAUUUUAUAGUAAGGGCAGGUUCUAAGUAAAUUUAAUUCACGUAAUUAUUUUGUUGUUUUGUUAAUUAGUUUUUUUUUCUUUUUUUUAUAUUUUUUAAU